GAAAGUUUUCGAAAGACAGGAUUCAAAUUCAAAUCAAUGUGUAGCGGUGUUCUCGUCGCAAAUACCCGAUCCGUUGGUAUAAUGUCUUGACAUUUAUUUAUUUUUUGAAUUAGCGAGACGACAAAGUUACUGUUAAAAUGGAAGGACUGGAAAUGUCCGCCAUGAUACCGGCACUUCAGGAGCUAGCUAGUGCCAGCGCUGCUGAGUACGACCAGGCAGUGCAGAAACCCCGACAGAUUCUCUGUCAGUUCAUUGACAGGAUACUGACAGAUGUGGAUGUCGUUGCUCUGGGUCUGAAUAAAAAGUCCACAUCAGAGCCAGCCUGUGUGAUGCUGCUGGACUUUGUGCAGCAUAUAGUCAAGUCCUCAUCGUUGAUGUUCGCCAAUCCUGCUUGCCAGCCUGCUGAGUAUCCAGACACCACACAGAGCUGCACUGACUUCAGUAAAUGGGUGGCUGUGCGUUUGCUUCGUGUGGCAGCAGCUCCAGACUGUGAUGUCAUCCACGGACGGGUCUCUGCUGUGUUGUGCUCUUUACUUCACACACUGAGAGUCAGAGCACCGUUCAUCUUCAGCCGUCUCAGUCAGGAACUCAUAUUUCUGGCCCAGGACCUCAGCGACAUCAUGUAUGCUCAUGUUGUCACUCUUGCAGGACAAGGACACUCUCUUGGUGCUCACUCACAGAACCAAUGGCCUGUAACACUCCAGCGUUUCAGUAUCUCCCCUGGUUGUACCUCCUCAUACCUCACUCCUUCUCCUCUUGUACUCUCCUCGCCUGCUGCACUGGAGUCGUUGACUGCUGUGGCGAGUGGUGUUCUCACUGACGCUUUGAGGGGAGUGGUUUCGCGUUGUGACCUCAGUGCAGCCUGGGAAAUUGCUUGCUCCAUCCUCGCCAAUGGCAACACCAGACUGAGAAAGAUUUCCAUGGUGAUGCUGAGAGUACUCAUGGAGCUGAGAGGAUUUCCUGACAUGCAAUCCCAUGAGUUCUUUGCAGCCUACCUUCACUUGCUGGAAACACACCCGACAGCAAAUCCAUGCUUAGAUGAGAAGCAGUCCUAUGAAGGGGAGCUACUACGCCUGACCCGCUGUGUGUUUCAGUUAUCUGGUGCCUCUCACACACACUUUGAGCCCAUGUACCUCUCACAGAUUUUUGAGUGUGUUUGUACUCUUGGAGGAAAAUGUGUGAAGUUGGGGACAGAGGUUACUGAAUCAAUUUGCUUGCUGUUCAGCUUCUUACUAUCUAUUGCCCCAGUUUAUGAGAGUGCUGCAUCCUUAAGGAGGCAGCGAGUCACAGACGUCUGCAGGACACUGGCACGCACCGUCGGAACAGAAAAUCAAGCUGAAUGUGCGGAGGGAUUUCUCCAAGCGGCGCUCAAGGCUGAGACUGCUAUGGUGAUGCAGAAGUUAAGAGAUGGAGAAACUGCUGCGAAGAAAUCCCGCAAGACUACCACCAGCUCAUUUGGCAAAUCAUCAAAAACGUCAGAUUCAGCUGAGCUGGACAUGCGUGUUCAGAGCAACGUGUGGGCUGUGGUUAACGGUCGUCUGGAGGAGUUGCUGAGAUUUUUGAACUCGGAUUCUAGUGAACCUGAAGCCACACAGACUCUCUCAGCUCUGGGGGGGCUCACCCUCACCCUUCAUCUGGCAGCCCUUUGCUCAUCACCCACCAGUCUUUCUCCUCUCCUCUGGGUUUCUACUGAGACUCUGAGCAGAGCUCUAAAAAGCUGUCACUCAGUAUUAGAAGGAGACACUCAAACUGUUUCAAACCAGGACUACUUUCAGUCUGCUGUUCAGAUGACUGUCAAGGUCCUGGACUCUAUCGUGUACCUGACAAUGAGCAGAGAAUGUGAGGAUGGGCUCCUGCAGCGUGUGUGUGCACUGUUAUCUCUUCCCUGGGUGUGUGAGAAUCAGUCUGCCUCAGCCUACAAGAGAUCAGGAUUCCCCUCCUGGCUUUCUGCCUUGGCUCAGAAGUUAAGCUUCUGUUAUUCACCUGAGGUCCAGGUGGACUGUGUGUCACUGCUGGCCAUACUACGUCACGGUGUGUGUGAGACAUGGCGUGUGUGUGUAUUUUCCAAGGCACUGCAGAGUCCGGAAGAGGUGGUGAGAGCGGCUGCAGUUCGUGCCUUCCCUCUUCUUCUUCAUCACCUGGGAUCUGCACACCACGGCCUCAUCAGCAGUAUUCUGCUUUCCAAGUUGCAGGACAGGUCGGAACAGGUGAAAUCGGAGCUUGCGAGGAUCAUUGGUCAGCUGAGUUGUGUCCAAGCAGAUGUCUCCCUGCUCAGUGACAUUCAGGCAGAGUCCACCUGUAAUCCCAAAAUCCUCUGCCUCCGCCUCAGCCUCACAGCAGAGCAUGCUAAGGACAGUUGUCUCCCACUGAAGGCGAUGGUUGUCAGGCCAUUUCUGCCGUUACUCAGACAGCAAGCUCCAAGUAGUGUCAAACAAGCUUUUCUAGACGCCUUGCCUCACCUUUGCCAACAUGUGAAUCUGACUGGUGGGGACAGCGACUCCAGGGCAGUUCUCUGUGCUCUGAUUGGUCUAAUGGAGGACUCGGAUUCAGCUGUCCGAAUACAUUUCAGUCAAUCAGUGCGUUUCCUGCUAACAGAGAGCACCAGAAACUCAGAGCAGAGCUCUCUGAGUGAGCUCCUGGUUGCGCGUCUUAAAGAAGCGUUCAACAAUGCUAAACUCAACAAAGAUGAUGACCUGCGGAACACUCUCAUCCUGACGACUGGGGAGAUUGGCAGAGCAUCUCAGGGUACUUUGGUGUCAUUCUCUUUGUUGCGGUUGCUUCACUGUCUACUGUCCAAGUCGUCGGCAGUGUCUGUAGCUGCUUACACUCAGAUCAGAGCUCUGGCUUCUGCCAAAGGAAUGAAACUGCAAACCCUCUUCAGUCAGUACAAGAACCCUAUUUGCCAGUUCCUGGUGGAGUCGCUUCACUCACGGCAUGCGUCAGCCCUGCGAAGCACACCUGACCAGAACUCAGAGUCAGCCAAUCAGAAAGAGCUGGCACUGGACAUCCUCGCUCAGAUCGCACAUGCUUUUGACUUUCCAGACCUCCACCGCUUCCUCACUAGGACCCUUCAGGUGCUCCUGCCCUACCUGGCAGCAAAGGCAAGCUCCACAGGAUCUUCACUCAUCCGAACACUGGCCAAUGAGCUGAAGGCCAACAGGAGGGAGAUCCUGAUCAACAAUUUCAAAUACAUCUUCAGCCAUCUGGUCUGCUCCUGCACCAAGGAGGAGCUGGAGAGAGCUUUCCACUACCUGCAGAGUGAGACAGAGAUUGAACUGGGAUCUUUGCUAAGGCAAGACUUCCAAGGUCUACACAAUGAGCUGCUGCUGCGCCUUGGAGAGCACUACCAGCAGGUCUUUAAUGGUCUGGCAAUCCUGGCCUCCUUUGCAUCCAACGAUGACCCGUACCAGGGUCCCCGAGACAUCACGACCCCAGAGCGCAUGGCAGACUAUCUUCAACCGAAGCUUCUGGGAAUUCUUGCCUUUUUCAACAUGCAGCUGCUCAGCUCUAGCGCAGGAGAGAAGGACCGCAAAAAGCUGGCUUUGACAAGUGUGAUGGCUCUAAUGCGACUGAUGGGCUCCAAACACAUCAGCUCUGUCAGAGUGAAGAUGAUGACCACACUCCGCACCGGCCUCCGAUACAGAGAGGACUUCCCUCUGCUCUGCUGCCAGACGUGGGAUGGUUUUGUGAGGAGUGUGGACCCUGCACACCUGGGUCCUCUGCUGAGUCAUGUCAUUGUAGCUCUCCUCCCCCUGAUCCCUCUGCAGCCCAAGGAAACUGCUGCUAUUAUCCGCUUCCUCAUCAUGGAUAACAGGGAUGAAGUUAAGGACUACCUCCAUGAGAUUUACUUUCUACCUGAUCAUCCUGAGUUACAGGACAUCCACAGUGUCCUGCAGGAUUACAAGAAGCUGACGGCCAGCAGAAGUGACCUGGUGGCGGAGCUGCAGCUCUCCAUGAGAGCCGUCCAACAUGAAAAUGUUGAUGUGAGGAUUCAUGCUCUCACAAGCCUCAGGGACAUGAUGCACAGCAAUCAGGAGUGGCUUCUGAGGCAGGUUUGUGCGAGUGAGGCGGUGGAGCCGGUCAUCUCCAGUUUGGUGUCAGUGUUGCUAAAGGGCUGCCAGGACUCGUCCCCAGAGGCCAGACUUCUGUGUGGGGAGUGUCUGGGUGAGCUGGGCGCUGUGGACCCAGGACGCCUGGACUUGUCACACACACUCACACAUGGUGACCGCAACACAUUUGUGAGUGGAGUUGAAGAUCCCAACUUUGCCUACGACCUGCUCACUGAAUUCACCAGAACUUUCCUGGCGUAUGCUGACGAUGUGAGAGCCCAGGACUCAGCUGCCUAUGCAAUUCAGGAGCUGCUGUCCAUCUUUGAAUGUCGCGAGGGACGGACAGACUCUCCUGGUCGCCGUCUGUGGAGGAGAUUUCCAGAGCACAUCCAAGAAAUACUGGAACCUCACCUCAACAGCAGAUAUAAGAGCAGCCAGAAGGAGGUGAACUGGUCUAAGCUGGAGAAACCUGUGUACUUGAGUAACAGAGGCAGCAGGUUCUCUGACUGGUCAGCCACCUGGGCUGGAUAUCUGAUCAGCAAGGUGCGGGUUUUUGUCUUCUUCCAGGUGAGACAUGGGCUGGCCGGUAAGGUUUUCACCUGCUGUAGUUUCAUCAUCAAACACGACUACAAGGUCGCGAUCUACCUGCUGCCUCAUAUUCUGCUCUACAUGCUGCUGGGUUGCACGCCCGCAGAGCAACAGGAGGUGACAGAAGAAAUGUUGGCCGUACUAACGGAGGGAGACGGAAGAGCGGGCCUGCGAGUGCAGGAGACGGCGUCGAGCCUGUCCCAGCUCAGCAUUCAGACGGUGUUCAGCAUGUUGUCUCACCUCACACAGUGGAGCCGCCACAUCCUCUACUCCAAAUCAAAACACAACGAGAGUGGGGAUUAUCAGCGUGUGGUGGCCUUCCUGAAGGGUAUUCCACAGGACGUUCUGGCCAAGGCUGCGCUCCGGUCCAAAGCGUACACACGCGCUCUCAUGCACUUUGAAGCUUACAUCCUGGAAAAUAAAUUGAACAUCCAGGACCAUCUCACCUUCCUGCAGACACUGUACGCUGCCAUGCAUGAACCUGACGGCGUGAGAGGAGUGAACGCCCUGAGGAGGGAGGAGCCGUCAUUACGGGAACAGAUACUGGAGCACGAGAGCAUCGGCCUGCUCCGAGACGCCACCGCCUGCUAUGACCGGGCCAUACAGUUGGAGUCAGACCAGAUUGGUCACUAUCAUGGGGUGAUGACGUCUAUGCUCGGCCUGGGACAGCUGUCCACAGUCAUCACUCAAGUUAAUGGAGUGCUGGCCAACAAGCCCCAGUGGAAGUCGGAGCUUAACACGUACAGAAUGGAGGCAGCCUGGAAACUUGGAAAAUGGGACCUGCUGGAGGAUUACUUGACUUCAGACCAUCAGUCCAGUACCUGGAGUGUGCGCCUUGGCCAGCUGCUCUUGUCGGCUAAGAAGCAGGAUGCUGGGACGUUUUAUGAGAAGUUGAAACUUAUGAGGAAGGAGCAGGUGGUCCCUCUGUCUGCAGCCAGCUAUGAGUGUGGGACCUAUCAGAGGGGAUACGAGUAUAUUGUCAGGCUCCACAUGCUAAGUGAGCUGGAGCACACGUUCACUGAGCUGCAGAAACAGAGGGAAAACUCCACGCCCUGUCUCACUCAGCUGCCUCCCCACUGGGCUGACCGACUGGAGAUGACCCAGAAUUCCUUUAGGGCCAAAGAGCCAAUCCUUGCUCUCCGUCGUGCUCUGCUCAGUCUGGGAUCACGGUCUGCGUGUCAGGAGCUGGUCGGCGAGUGCUGGCUACAAAGUACCCGAGUGGCCAGAAAGGCAGGACACCACCAGACUGCCUUCAACGCUCUCCUGAACGCAGAGAACACACAUCUGGCUGAGCUGGUGACCGAGAAGGCCAAGUGGCUUUGGUCUAAGGGUGAUGCACAUCAGGCCCUGAUCGUCCUGCAAAAAGGUGUGGCUCAGUGUUUCCCUGAUGAUGAGUCCCUCACAGACCCACGCAGCCUGCAGACCAAGGGCAAGGCCAUGCUGCUGGUGGGACGCUUCAUGGAGGAGACGGCCAAUUUUGAGUCCAACGCCAUCAUGAAAGUGUACAAGGAUGUGACAACCCUUCUGCCUGAGUGGGAGGAUGGAAACUUCUACUUGGCCAAAUACUAUGACAAAGUGAUGCCAAUGGUGACUGACAACAAGAUGGAGAAACAGGGAAACCUGAUCCGAUACAUCGUCAUGUACUUUGGAAAAGCCUUGCAUUAUGGAAACCAGUACAUCUACCAGGCCAUGCCUCGCAUGCUGUCUCUCUGGUUAGACUUUGGAGCCAAAGUGUGUGAAUGUGAGAAAGCUGGGCGAAUGGACAGACAGAUGAGACAGGAACUGACUAAAAUCAACACAGUGGUGACCGAGCACUGUUCUAACCUGGCGCCGUACCAGUUCCUGACUGCUUUCUCACAGCUCAUCUCCAGAGUGUGCCACUCUAGUGACGAGGUCUUCAGUGUCCUCAUGACAAUCGUGGCCAAGGUCUUCCUGGCGUACCCACAACAGGCCAUGUGGCUCAUGACCGCUGUCUCAAAGUCUUCCUACCCCACGCGAAAGAACCGCUGUAAUCAGAUUCUUAAAAAAGCCAUCAGUCUCAAACAGUCUCUGGAGAAAUUCAUUGGAGACGCCAAUAGACUGACUGACAAGCUGCUGGAACUCUGCAACAAACCGGUGGACGGUAACAGCACCACCCUCAGCAUGAGCGUUCACUUCAAGCAGCUCAAACGCCUGGUGGAGGAGCCGACCUUCAGCCAGAUUCUGAUCCCGCUGCAGUCGGUGCUCAUUCCCACACUGCCCUGUACAGGAGGGGCAAACACGCAGCACGACGCCUUCCCUGGACACUGGGCCUACUUGGAUGGUUUUGAUGAUAUUGUGGAGAUUUUGGCCUCCUUACAAAAGCCUAAGAAGAUAAAUCUGAAGGGUUCGGAUGGGAGAAGCUACACAAUGAUGUGUAAACCCAAAGAUGACCUGAGGAAGGACUGCAGGCUCAUGGAGUUCAACUGCCUCAUCAACAAGUGUCUCCGUAAAGAUGCCGAGUCAAGGCGGAGGGAGCUGCAUAUUCGUACCUACGCUGUGAUUCCCCUCAAUGAGGAGUGCGGCAUCAUCGAGUGGGUCAACAACACGGCCGGACUUCGACACAUUCUUACCAGGCUGUAUAAAGAAAGAGGUGUCAACUUGUCAGGUAAAGAGCUUAGGAAGCUCAUUCUUCCAAAGACAGCUCCCUUUGAGGAGAAGCUACGGAUUCACAAGGAGGUUCUAUGUGCUCGACACCUCCCUGUAUUCCAUGAGUGGUUUCUCCGGACCUUUCCUGAUCCCACAUCAUGGUACAGCAGCCGCUCUGCGUACUGCCGCUCCACUGCUGUCAUGUCGAUGGUUGGCUACAUCCUGGGUUUGGGAGAUCGCCACGGAGAAAAUAUCCUCUUUGACUCUUUCACUGGGGAAUGUGUUCACGUCGACUUCAACUGCCUCUUUAACAAGGGGGAGACAUUUGAUGUCCCUGAAGUGGUUCCCUUCCGUCUGACCCAAAACAUGGUCCAUGCUAUGGGACCCAUGGGCACUGAAGGCCUCUUCAGACAAGCCUGCGAGGUCACACUGAGACUGAUGAGAGACCAGAGGGAGCCACUCACAAGUGUGCUGAAGACCUUCCUUCAUGACCCUCUGGUGGAGUGGAGCAAACAAGCCAAAGGACUUUCCAAAACUCAAGCCAGUGAGACUGGCGAGAUAGUGAAUGAGAAGGCUAAAACACAUGUGUGCGACAUCGAGCAGCGUCUGCAGGGAGUCAUAAAGAGCAGGAACAAAGUGCUGGGUCUGCCUCUGUCUAUAGAAGGACAUGUCCACUACCUCAUACAGGAAGCUACAGAUGACAAACUGCUGUGUCAGAUGUAUCUGGGCUGGGGGCCUUACUUAUAAAACACACCUAUGAUUACAAAAUGGGACAACAGCACUGUAAAGACAGUUCAGGGGAAGUGCAAAAAUAUUCCUCGUGUUAAAUUCCCUUUGUAUUAUAAUUUUCUGCUUCUGUUGUUUUCCAUUGAUAUUUUAAGUGUUCCUAUUUUCUGGAAACGAAGGACAUUUGUUGCAUUGCUGUACAUUCUCCUGUAAUAAAUUGUGUGGUUUAAGUGUC